UGUUAAAAGCCACCUUCCCCAAUCCCACUUGUCUUGCAGCUUCAGGCUUGUACUUGGUCUUCAUGUACAUGCACAAUGGGCUAAUUAUCUAUACUCGUAAAUACAUAUAAAUGAAGAUUAGUACUAGAAGGCCAUCCAUCAUAUUCACAAUAUUCUGAUCAGAGGCAGGCAAGGCAGGAGGCAGCUGCAACCAUGAGCACAGCAAGAUUCAUCAAGUGUGUCACCGUAGGCGAUGGCGCCGUGGGAAAGACCUGCAUGCUCAUUUCCUACACUAGCAAUACUUUCCCCACUGAUUAUGUUCCCACAGUUUUCGACAACUUCAGUGCUAAUGUGGUGGUGGACGGAAGCACAGUGAACAUUGGCCUAUGGGACACUGCAGGGCAAGAAGAUUACAACAGGCUAAGGCCUCUGAGUUACAGAGGGGCUGAUGUGUUUCUGCUGGCCUUUUCCCUAAUCAGCAAGGCCAGCUAUGAGAACAUCUACAAGAAGUGGAUCCCUGAGCUGAGACACUAUGCCCCCGCAGUACCCAUUGUCCUGGUUGGCACCAAGCUCGAUUUACGCGAAGACAAGCAGUAUUUGAGUGAUCACCCGGGUGCAGCACCGAUAACGACAGCCCAGGCAAAAGAGCUGAGGAAGAUGAUAGGCGCAGUCGCAUACAUCGAGUGCAGCUCCAAGACUCAGCAGAAUGUGAAGGCAGUGUUUGAUACUGCAAUUAAGGUUGCUCUGCGCCCACCAAAGCUGAAGAAGAAGCCACAAAAGAGGAGGAGCUGCACGUUUCUGUGAAGCCAUUGAUCUUGUUGUUCUUGUUCUUGUUUACUUUCUGUAUACUAUACGUUUUGCUAUAACUGUGAAAACCGCAUUUAUUUUGUUCCUCUUGAAAGUCAUAAAAUGCCAUAGAAGCUGCCUAUACAUGGAGAACGGAAGAUGCGUAGGGAGGACUUGAUGAGAUCAUCUUCUUCAGUUAUUUUGUGCUUUUCGUUAGUUUCAGGUUUUGAAAAUGUUCUUUUUGCUUACAUUAAGGAAUAUGUUCGGGAAACCACUUAAUUAUCCAUCUCUUU